UAUGACCCGUCGUGAUCGCCUGUACCACGCUUCCGUCGCUCGUCGAUGACAGAAAAUCGUCGUCGAACGAUCCGCUGACGCGCUCGUGACGAUUCGCGUGACCCGCGCUCGCGAUAUUCGCCGAAAAACGCGGGCAAAAAUCGGACGAUAACUUUCAGUGAAUUUGUUCCCGUUUCGCAUGGUCGUCGGUUCGUCGAACGUCGGUGAACGGAUCGAUCGGUUUUUCGAGUCCGGUCCCGGGUAGCCCCGACGUUUUGUUGAAGUUUCAGUGAUCGAUCGUAGCCCGAUAGACAGAGAGAUCGGUUGAUCGCGGAGCAACGACGUGCGUGCAACGAUCGCGAUCGAUCGACCGUCGUUAUCGCUUGAUGAGUCGCGUUCGACCGUCUCGGAUCUGAGGAUCCGAUCGACGUCGUAGAGGCGAGGCAUUAUUCGUUGAAAGAUCCACCAGAGCACGAUGCUGAACGACAACGUGUGGAAGCACAGGCGGGUGCCUGUCCCGAAGAGGACCAUCGAGCUGAUCGCGUUGAUAGCGAUCUCCAGCACCCUCUUCCUCUUCCUGCACACGAGAGAGUUGCACUCGCGUCUGCGGAAAAUGGAGGUGCGCCUUCAGCCUGGCGAGGACGAGAUGCUGCCGGAAAAUCAACUCUCCUUCGAAGCAGUCCAAACAGAUUCUAGUCCAAGUGGAACCGUCCAUUAUCCAAACGGACAUCGCAUCUUUACAGUAAAGUACGACGUACCGGAAGUGCUGGACAUCGUCGCGCUGAACAACACGAAGAGAGCAGGCAGGGAGGUUUUGUUUUUCAACCGGGUGCCCAAAGUGGGCUCGCAGACCUUCAUGGAGCUGCUGAGGAGGCUGUCGAUGAGGAAUGGUUUCUCGUUCAACCGGGAUCGCGUGCAGAGAGUCGAGACUAUACGCAUCGCGCCGAUCGAACAGCUCCAGCUUGCUAGAAUGGUCAGCAGUUACUCAGAACCAUCGGUCUACGUGAAGCACGUAUGCUUCACCAACUUCACAGAAUUCAACUUGCCGCAGCCAAUUUACAUCAAUAUAGUACGGGAUCCCAUCGAGAGAGUGAUAUCCUGGUACUAUUACGUCCGUGCACCAUGGUAUUACGUCGAGAGAAAGCAAAUAUUUCCAGACCUACCUCUGCCGGAUCCCAACUGGCUGAAGAAGGACUUCGAGACCUGUGUACUUAAGGCGGACCGCGAAUGCAGAUACCUGGAGGGCGAGAUUCACGAGGGGAUCGGCGAUCAUCGCAGGCAGACGCUGUUCUUCUGCGGGCACAGCGAGAAAUGCACCCCGUUCAACACUGUGGGUGCCCUGGAACGGGCGAAAUUGGCUGUGGAGAAGCACUACGCCGUGGUCGGGGUACUCGAGGAUGUGAACACCACUCUCACGGUGUUGGAGAAUUACAUACCACGAUUUUUCCAAGGCGCCACCGACGUCUACUAUGACGAAGUGAACUCGUUCAAGAGAAUCAACCGGAACUUCUUCAAGCCGCCAGUUACCGAGGAAGUGAAAGACAUGGUGCGCAGCAACUUCACGCGUGAGAUCGAGUUCUACCAAUUCUGCAAGCAACGGUUGUACAAGCAACUAAGAGCCCUGAAGUUAACGAAGAACACACCGCCGUUGGAGAGCAACGCUUUAUAAAAUCGAAGAAAAAAGAAAAAAAAACUUUGGAAAGGGAAGCAAUAUUAAGCAAAAAAAAAGAAAAAAAUAGGUUCGUCGAGAAAGCGUGGUGACGUUCGCGAAUCGUUGGCCUUAAGAAAAGAAUCACGCAUACGAAGAUCGUGGAAAACGAUCGACAAACACGAGAGAGGAUCGAGCGAUAACCAUGAAGUCUUGCAAGAGUCAGUGAUUCGAACUCGAAUGGGACACUCGCAGUGCCGUCUUUAUUUUGUGAUCGUUUAUCCUAUAUAUAUAUAUAUAUAUUAAUAUUAUCGUGUAAUUUAAAAAGACAGCGACACGUUCGCUGGGAAAUUUAUCAGACCCGCGAACAUCCACGAUGCGAGGCAUUAGCUGUAUUUAUUUAUAUCGAUAUUUGUAAAGCCACCGUUUCGUCGCGUGAAACGCGUCGACGUGUCCCUGGACACGACUAGGA